GGGAGUGAUAGAGUGGCUGGGUGGGCACCUGGCAUCCAGCCACGGUCAACUCACCACAAUCCUGCUUCUAAAUCCACUAGCUAUGUUCAUAGAGAGAGAGAAAAGUGGGAAUGAAGAGGCAAAAGCUUAGGUAGUAAGUGAAAAAAGAUUUCUUCCAUCUCUGAUGUAAAUGACGUUUAACUUAAAUUUUUUCAUUAUUGUUUCUUGGUUUAAGAUCUAAAAUGCAGCCAUAUGAGAAACAAGGCUCCUUGUUGAUUAAGCUUCUAACAGGGAAUUUUGUGAGUUAACUGAAAUAAUGCCAUGUUGUUUUGUUAUGAGCAUUUAUUAUGUAUGCCUGUGUCCUUCCUGUUUAUUACUGCAUUAAAUUCUUAGUUCUAAGAGCUGGGUGAGAUAAAAAUUAUGUAUUGGGGUAAGGCUUUUCCUUAUUUCUGACUGGCCCCUACACUUUGUUAGGCUGCAUGAAUCAGUGGGGUUUUAACUGCUUCAGGGUUUAAGCUGAAGUGAAGCUUAGUUUAUUUCAGCAAAGCACUCGUUGUAUAUGGUUACUAGCCCUACAUUAGGAUGAAGAUUUGAAAGAGUACUGCUUAGUGCUGUUGGAUGCAAUUUCUAGCUUGCACUAUUUUUAGGUGGGGAGUUUUGCAACUCCCCACAAGCAAACAAACGUGGUUGGUUGCUGUUGAGGCUGACUGAUGGCACACAGAAACAUAUGCACGUGCUCUCCGCCUACAGAAUUAAGGAAGGGUUGUGUCUUGUGCAGCCCUUGUUUAGACAGAUUUAAGUGAAACUAGUGUAGAAAGAGUCUGCUGGGGAAGUUGGGAAGUCUUGGGAAGACCAGAAUCUUAAAGUGGGAUUUGUAACAUCCGCAAGUUUCUGGUACCCCGUCCUUCCUGUCGGUUUUUGUGCAGAAGCUGUGUGUCCUGCCGUGUGCCAGUGGAGGCUACAGUCACUACAGUUGCUGAGCAGUCAGUAGCCUCAGCAGUUUCAUUUCCUCUAGACCACCCUUUCUAAGCGAGUUGAAUUUUUGGCAGGCCAUACAAGGAAAAGAUUGGGUCACUGAGACAGUUCUAGAGAAAGCCAGAGGGACAAAACCAGGGUGCAAGGAAGCUGAGGGAAAUUAGAGAGACUGUAAUUUAAUGAAAGGACAGGAAUAUUUCCAUCAAGGGUAAGAAAGGAAGAAAUCAAAAGUAAAACUUACAAAGACACAAUGGUACCGGAAGGGGUGGUCCUUUAAACUGCUGUAUGAAGGGCGAGGCCACAAUCAAGUAUUUGUCACACAGUGCAGAUCACGGCAACUGAACUCUUGAUUCAGGUAAGACACAGAAGAACUAAUCCAGGGAAAGAGUUGCUGAGACUUGAGAUGACAUGGAGAUAGACAUAUUUUGGACCUGAAGAUGAAAUCAUACUUGUGGUGGCCCUUUGGGUAAAGGCACAACUCGUGCCAGUGAAACAAGUCGGACGGGUUUUCUGAUCUGUUACUACCCUAAGCCUUUUGGAAGGAAUUUGUAUGCCUCAUUCUGUCAAAAGGUAUGUUAUCAUUUUCAGUUUGUAAAGGUAGAUAGGUUGAAAUCAAUGAAUGACUGUCUUCAUUGCAAAAUUUUAACAAAUUCUGGCUCUCCUAACUGUCCAUCUUCAUAAUGCUGACUUCACAAUUUUCUGGGAACCUGGUAGCCCUACUUACCACUGUUCACCUAUUUCCUGCUGCAUGGAAGAGACUGGUAACUAGCAUGUUGGGAACCUUUCCACUUCAGAGGGUGAAAAUGUCAGAAGUUGCUUAAAUUCUCCUGUAAAUGGGGAAGUAUAUUACAUAAAUAAUUUCAAAAGAAUGUUUAGUUGUUGAGUCCCCUGUAUUUACUGAGUACUGCUACUGAAUUUGGUGCUAAAAGUUUACUCUUUUUUAUUUGGGAAAUAAUUUUCCUGUUGAAAAUAGGCUAGGGUGAAUUGGAGAGGGAUUUCGGAGAAAGGAGGUAACUCAUGGCAGAUCUGGUGACACAGCAGGACAGUGGGUCUGAGACUUCUAAAAUUAAAAGAUACAAUUGAUUUGCCUUUCCCUCGCUGUCUCUUAAUCAGGGUUUUUAUAAGAGAGCAAAAGUACUGAGCUGUGCUAGAAAGCACCAGGUAUGCUGCUUAGUGUGUCCCCUUUAAAACAAAAGCAAAACCUGAUUACUGUUGUGGCUUACUUACAAUUUUUUUCUCACAAGUUCUGCAAUAAUCAAUUUUCUGAAACUGGAAUUGUGAUAGGUGGAGUAGGGAUCUGCUGCUUUAUGACCAGUUUAUUUAACAUACUUCUUGUAAGUCAUGUGACAAUUAGAUAUCGUACAACAGUACUUUUCCUGGAACUUUAGAGACUAUGCCUGUCUCACUUUUUUCAGUUGUUCCAGCACUCCUCCAGCCUGUCCUCCCAUAUCCAAAUCCUGAUGUGAAAUGAGUACAGACUUCCACAAACUCCUUUUUGAAGUUUCCGAGGCUUUGGUCACAGAUGAACUGGUGGCACUGAAGUUCCUCAGCCUGGAUCACAUUCCCAUGAGGAAGCUGGAAGCCAUCCAGGAGCCCAAGGCCUUCUUCGAAGUGCUGCAGGAGAAAGACAUGAUUGAGUCAGGGAACCUGGCCUUUCUCAGGGAGCUGCUCUACUGGAUCGGUCGGAUGGACCUCCUGUCCACCCACCUGGAUUCCAGCCGGGAGCAGAUGGAGAGAGAGCUGCAGGUCCAAGGCAGGGCAAAGGUGUCAUCUUACAGGCAACUGCUAUAUGGAAUUGCAGAGGACUUGACUCCAGAAGAUGUCAAAAAUGUGAAGUUCCUGCUCCAAAAAAAAUUACCUAAGAACAAGCUCCAGGAUAAUGCUUCAAUGUUGCAGGUUUUUCUGGAAAUGGAAAGAAAUAGGAUAAUUAAAGAAGAUGACCUGACAACGCUGAAAGAUAUAUUAAACCCAUUUAGAGCUGACAUAAAGAAAAAAAUUGAUAUCUAUGAAGAAAAAAAGAAAGAAAAUUAUUCUAAAGAAGAACUCCACUAUCCUGUGUCUGUUUCUCUGCAUCCAGGGGAACAAGGAGCAGAGGGGAAGACAACACAGCUGCCUGUGGAAACAUAUAAGAUGAAAAAUAACCCCCAUGGUUACUGUGUGAUUCUUAACAACCACAUUUUUAACAAUCCGCGUUGCAACAGAAAAGGAACAGUGAAAGAUGGAGAGGCUGUGAAGAGGGUCUUUAAGUGGCUUCAGUUUGAGACAAUUGAGCACAUGGAUCUGGAAGCAAAAGAAAUAUAUGAGAAAGUUAAAGAAUACAGCAAAAGAGAUCAUAGAAACAUGGACUGUUUUGUUUGCUUCAUUUUUUCCCAUGGUGAAAAACACAAAAUAAAAGGCAUUGAUGAUGAGUUAGUAAAUAUUAGAGAUUUAGUCUCCUGCUUCAGUGGAUCUAAUUGUCCCUCUCUUGCUGGUAAACCCAAGGUGUUUUUCAUCCAGGCUUGCCAAGGCUCUGUUGGUCAUCCAGCUGUUCCAGUAGAAUCAGACUUUUCUGGACAUCUUGGGACAGAUGCUACUCCUCUGACUUCCAUUCCUGAUCUGGCUGAUAUUCUGGUUGGCAUGUCUACAGUGGAAGACUAUUUGUCCUUCCGGAAUAGAGAGACUGGCAGUGUUUACAUUCAAUGCCUCUGUGACAAGAUGGAGUCGCUUUGCCCACUCCGCAUCGAUCUCCUAACCAUCCUGACAACAGUGAACAAGGAAGUGGGAGGAAAAGAAUUUAAAGUAUGGAAUCAGAUGCCAGGAGGAAAAUUAGAGAAGCAGAUGCCACAAAUAAUAACAACACUACGGAAGCAACUGAUCUUCGAAAUUCCACAAGGACAGUCAAGUAAAAAGUAGAAAAAUAAGAAUGCAAUCAGUUUAGGCUUCCACAGGGAAGAGACUUUACAUGAGAAAUUAUCUAGAUCUGUGCAGUUAGCCCCAGUCCUUGAAGGACCCAUAGGACCUACCUAAAUUUUAAAAUUUCUAUAUUUAAUCAGUCUUCUGCCACCUGGAUCUGUGGCAGUUGGGUAAGGCUGUGGAAGAGUACAGAUCUGGCUUUUUGUCCUGCAGAGGCAGUGGAGUAUAUUCGGUCUGGGUUUCAGGUGAGGAAGCAUGUGUAGGGUUGUAACUGCCUUACCCAGAGGUCUAUCUUUGGAAGCUAUAAUUUUUCAUGGAAAAUAACAUCCUGAUCCAGAAGGACCAAAAAAACCAUGAUUAUGAUAGUACAAUGGUUCUUUUCCUCCAGAUAUUUAGUUUAUGUUAUUAAUUUACUUGGCUAAGCAGCAUUUUGGUGUAAGCUUUUUAACAGUAAAGGUUCUGAUUUUUUCUCAGCACUUCCAGGGGCCAGUGUGUCAUGAAUGGCUGUGGAACACUGGAAGGAAGUUCUUUGUACUCUUGUUUCUGUUGUAAUAAAUUGUCUUGUUUUUUACAUCA